AUGUCUUCUUCGCAACCGGCGAAGAAGCCCAAGAAGACGAUACAUGAGUUCUUUGAACCCUACCUCAAAAGCACUGUGCCAGCAAAAAGAUCAUCGCCGUCGCUCGAAGAGUCAGAAGGGGCCGGGACCUCACGCAAGGAUGAAGCACACACAAGGACGCCCAAGGCGAAGGACAAACAAAAUAUCAACAACGAUCGCGUGAAGCCACCGGGAUCCUCUGCGCGAUCACCAUUCUCGGCACCUGGCUCUAGAACCUCGCUUUCCAUCCGGAGUAAAACCUCCCACGCAAAGACGCCUAUAGCUCCAGCAUCGGUCUACAAACAAGCCUCGAUCUUCAGUUCACCCACUUGGAAUGACGCCACUCCGAAACAACCGCAACCAAAGUCCUUCUCGUUCGCCGACCUACCAAGUUCGGCGCAAGCGGUACUCAAGGAUGGCGAGGUAAUAGAAGUGCUUGACUCGGAUGAGGACGAUACAGACUCGCUCGAGUCGCUGGAGGAUUUCUUUGUCAGCAAGAAGACCGGCCACAGUGCUCCAUUCUCGUCCUCACCUGACGAUGAUCAGGCUGCGCUUGAGGCGGAACGUGUAAGGACGUUGGGUCUGUUUCUGGGAACGUCGCGCAAGCAGGGCCCGUUGGUGGGCAAAGACAAGAUCCGGGAAUUGCGCGCCAAAGAGAAAGCCUUCGCGUUCAACAUGGCCAGCCUGUUAGACGACCAUUUCGAAGACGAGGAGGUGGAGAGUAACGUGCGGAAAGCCAGAGCAGAUGUUGAGGAGGCGGCCAAGGGGCAAGAAGCAGCCAACGCUCCGGAUGUGGACAAGAAGCUUUUGGCUGCUGUUGCAACGACGGAGGAUGGCGAGCACGGGGUCGCGAGACUGAUGGACGCCGUUGACCGCACCGAAGCCCUGACGUCGCAGCAAGUCUUCUUGUUCUGCGGGGUGAACGCGUUAAACGACUGGCACGACGAAGAGCCUUCUGACCACCCCUUCCCCGAAGAUGCCAUUCCCGACGAUCUAUGGAAGAAAGGAGAUAAUGAGGCCAGAUCAAGGGCAUACCUGUCCGGCUACAUGGCCGACUUAGCGACGCGCCGCGGCGUGAAAGACCAAGUCCUAAACUGGACUUUGGAGAAUGUCGUACUCGAGCGGUCGGACGAACUCCGACAAGCAUACAUUGAUUGCCUACGGAGCGCAAGUUCAACGUGGACGAGAAAUCACGUCUCAGCCCGGGACGUCCAGAGUGUCUUUCAAACCAUGGGCGCCGAUACCAACAGCCUUAAAGAUUCUGUCGAGAUCAAGCCCAGGCAUCGACUGCUUAAAGCGCCGGCCAGGCGGAAUCCCAAGUAUCUGCUCGCAGUCUUGGACCUCUUCCAAGCGAUCUGCCAGGACAUGGAUUUCCAGGCUCUAAGCAAACUAACUUCUGUGCUCUGUCGGCUCGUCAUUGACGCGGAAGUCAUGAGCGACGGGUGUAUCAGCGCCAGAGUCGAGGACCUGCUGGGCCUUCUUCUAGCUCUUCCCGAUGUCGAAAUGCGUACCCAUGUCGCCGAGCGUAUGCUAGCCGACGUGGGCAAGUAUCUCAAAGAUCCAACCCUGCAGGCUCACCUCCUAUCCCACAUUCCGCCGACCUCCCCUUUAGCAUGCAAAGUACGCGUCCUCCUCAGCCAAGUCUUCCUUCUCGGCUCGUCUGUCCUCAAAAAGUCGACCUUGGUCUCCCCCAACGUCUCCCUCGACAUUCUGACCAACCACAUCUCCACAUCACCUGACUUCGACACGAAACGAAGAAAAGGAGGCAGCACAAUUGAUUAUAUCGCUCUGCGCGCUCGCACUCAUCUCUUGGAUGUCGCCAUCUGUGACGGCGGCCUCCCAGCUUCUUUCACCAGCCGUGCCGAUGAACAGGCCUUCAACAAAUCCGUCGAUCGCCUCGCCGACGCGGUCAAAACGAUCGAAGUAGCUAUAAAUGAUCCAGGGGCCUCGCACAUGACGAGGACAGAAGCCAAAGACGAUCUUAGAGCCUUGCAGACAAGGUUACUCUUCUGUGUGAGGACGGAGGUGCGCCCGAAACGGCAUAUCUUCGACGGCACGAAAAUGAGGGAGGCGGCGGAGGUCAGGAGUGAGGAGCAGGGAAAGGAUUUCAUGAAACGGUUUUUGGGACGGGUGAAGGAUAAGAAGGCAGAGAAGGGACGAGAUGAUGACGGUGGCACGCUUGUUGCUAACGACGAGAAGUCGGUGAAUUCCACGUCAUCGAGUGGGACUUCGGAGACGGAGAAGCAGAUUCGCAGGCAGUUGAAUCUCGACGGCUGA